AUAAAAAAUAUUCAAGUUAUAUUGGGCAUGUUACUGCCUCAAAAUGACCUUCUUUUGCAAGAAAAGUUUGUUUUUCCCGCUCUUGGCGUCAACGCUGAUCGGUUUCCUUUUUUGGGUGUUUGAUAAACAAACCUAUUACGAGAAUUGUUCAGUUGUCAAAGCAGCGAUUGGACGAAACAACAGAUCAAUUAGCAGCUUACUAAGUUCGUGAACGAAGAAGGUACUUAAACGCUCAAGAAGUAUUGAAUGAACCGUCGGGAAAUUUGUGGAAUUUCUUACUUGACAAUGAAGUGUUACAUUUGUCUCUGAUGCUGCUGGUUUGAAAAGAACUAUUGAUGAUCAAUGGAAUGCUGGAAUGCGGUUGAUGCAGCUUGGCUGUCGAUUAUCACCCUUUUGGUUGCAUUGCAGGGAUUCAGCUUUGCAAUUUAUCAGGCUGGUGCCAGACCAUGUCAUUCAUCAAAUCUACAUGUACUCUUUGUUUAUGCUGUCAUCAACUUCACUGUUGGCUCCAUACUGUGGUAUUUUGUUGGCUAUUCUCUCUCUUUUGGUCCUUCACAAAAUGGCUUAAUUGGAAGCCUUGAUGAUGCAUUCUUUUUGGGUGUGUCUGGUUCCAAGUGUUCUGUUCAUGCUGACUCUGUGCCAGGAAUUCUUUUUGCAAGUUUUGAAAUGAUGCUGGCUGUCAUUGCUCCUCUUAUGCUUUUAUCUGCUUGGGUAGAUCAAAUGAACAUUCUUGGAGCAUUGAUUAUUUAUCUCCUUUGGCCAAUAUUUGUAUAUUAUCCUCUUACUCACUGGAUACGUGGAGAAGGAUGGCUCCAUCAGCACUUUGGAAUUGUGGAUCAGUCUGGAAGUUUGACAAUACAUGCCUCCACAGGUUCCUCAGCACUUGUUUUCACUAAGGUCUUUAAUGGGGUUCAUGAAAACCAGACACACAAACAAGACCACAAGAAAGAGCAUGUGCACUUUUUAAAUGUAUACCUUCUAGCUGGGGGUUUGGUUACUUCUCUAGGAUGGUAUUGCACAAAUGUUGGAUCUGUGCAUAAAUUCAAUAGUGCUGCAAUACUUUCAUUGGUUAAUUCUGACCUCUCUGUCUGUGCAUCUUUAUUGAGCUGGUUGAUUGUGAUGUAUCUCACCAAAAAAAAUUACAGGAUGACUGAUCUUUUACAAGGCAUCAUAGUUGGUCUUGUAGGUGUGAGUGCAUCUUCUGGUUCAAUAGAACUGUGGGCUUCGAUGAUUAUUGGACUUAUUGUUGGUGUGAUAUCAUCAGUUGUUUCAUGGUCUGUACAGAAAUACCAACCUUUAUGGACCAGUAUGGGAAUGCAUGAUAUCACCUAUAUUCAUGGUGUUCCGGGCAUCCUCGGGGCAGUAACAGCUGGUCUGUUCACAAAAUCCUCAAAGGAUGUGGCAAGUGAAAAUGGUGCUUUCUAUUCCAAUGGUGCUCAACUGGGUGUUCAGUUGUUAGGUGUGAUCGUUACAACCACGUGGUCUGUACUAUGGACUUACUUAUUGAUUUGGCUCAUAAGAAUAACAGUCGGACUGAACUCAGGUAACACAAACAAAAUGUUUGGCGCGUGUGAUACCGCGAAAAGUUUACCGUCAUCCGUGGUGAACAGUGAGAGGGAAGUGCUUCGCAAGAAACUCUUCAAGGUGGCUGCUAAAGGAGAUUUACAGGAAUUGGAUAACUUGCUUGUUCAGCAAGUGUCUUUUGGCGUACAAGACUUUGAUAAACGAACGCCACUUCACGUGGCCUGCAUGUGUGGUAAUCUCAACUGUGUAAAGUUCCUUCUUCGGCAGCCUGGUGUGGAUAUUCACGCAAGGGACCGCUGGAAAGCGUCACCGCUGUCUGAAGCUGUACAAUUCGGUCAUGAUCAGGUGGUGCAGUGUCUGUUACGUCACGGAGCGGGAUGGUGUGAAGAUGGAGUCGGGGACUUGCUCUGCAGCGCUAUAAUGAAAAACGAUGUGGAGGAGCUUCAACGCCUUGUGUCUCUUGGCGUGGAUGUGAAUGCGCCAAAUGAAGAGGGUAGCACUGCUCUUCAUGUUGCAGCUGCCGUUGGGAGUCGAGGAGUAGUACAGUACCUCACUGAUAACAAAGCUGAUAUCAACGCGGUUGACUCGCUUGGAAAUACGCCUUUGAAUUACUCCAAUAUGCACGAGCACCGCGCAGUUAGCCAGUUACUAGAGGGUUUGGGCGCCAGGCGAUUGUCACAUCAUUACAGUAUGCACGAAGUCUGUGAAGUGGCGAGCAUAGGCAACCUGCAGAUGCUGAGGCACAUGGUUCAUAAUGGUGCUACGGUGUGUUACAGGGACUUCAACAAACGGACGCCGCUUCAUGUCAGUGCAGCUGAGGGUCAUUUGGAUGUGGUUAAAUUUCUUCUUUUACAACCAGGAAUAAACAUCAAUGCCAGAGACACAAACGAUUUUUCUCCUCUUCUUGACGCCAUCGUGAAUGGCCAUCAUGGGGUGGUGCAAUACUUGAAGGCAUGUGGAGGUACCAUAAGUGAAUGCAAGUUGGCCUCUCUGAUGACAAGCGCUGCCAGCACCGGUGAUACAAGGACCAUGAAACGUUUAAUAAGAUGGGCCGGUCACGUGAACGUGUCUGACUUUAACGGACAGACCGCGCUCCACAUGGCAGCGAUGUGCGGCAGGCUCAAUGUCGUUAAUUUGUUGCUGAAGGAAGGUGCAGAUGCAACACUCGUCAAUCGUUAUGGGCAGAUUCCGUUGCAGAUAGCAACAGCUAAUGGCCAUAAAGCGGUUGAAAAGGAACUUCGGAAACAACUUAAGGUGACUGGUCCACAAGACUCGUGUCACUCUCCCAACCAAUCAGAUGCAAAACUAAACCAAUCCAGAGUUGGUCAUGUUAGGGAGCUCACUGAAGAAAUUAUUCUCACCGACCAGGUUACCACAAUAACAUGCUACAGCCCUGAAGCAAGAAGGCGAGGAAGGAAAUCUAAACCUGAUCGGCCACAAUACAGUUACUCAAAGCGCCCGUCUCGGUCCUCAACAGAAAACUCCCUGGAACUCCAGCAGUAUUGCGAGCAUAGUGUUAAUAGUAUUCACACGUCUCGGGAACUAAUCAACCCGGCAAACGUACGGGCACCGUUAGAAGGAAAUGACAUCUCGCAGUUACCAAUUCUAAAUGUAAAUACACACGCAAUUUCUGGUCUUACUGCACAAGCGCGAGAGAUGACAGGGGGACAGCCAGAUUAUGUUUGAUGCUGGAGAGAAAUCGAUCGGUAAAGCGUUUUCCAAACGGAAAAAUCAAGAACCUGUGACUCCUUGAAAGUACCCCACAGGUAGUUAGGCAGCAAAGAGGAAUGUACAAGUCAAAGGCCACGAAAAAACUGCUUCUUCAUGCAAGAAGAGCUUUUUCUAGAAUUGCAUUCAAGCAAACAAGAUCCUUGCUAGGCAAUCCUCUGUUGAAACUCCCAAAGUUGAUGCGAAGGGUUCCCGAAACGUCAUAUCGAAUCAAAAAUUAGCUUGAGCGUCGAAAAGGUCACCUUCCCAUACAACCGAUGCUUUCUGACCAUCAAAACCUGCUUGCGCGAAAUUGUUCACUUUCUGACAUGUCGAGAUGUCAAGAUCCUUGAUGACCACAAAGUACAGAUAAGUUUGUCUUCUUCCCCUUAGUGGCUGUAGAAUCGAUUUGUUUAAAUGGUACAUUUUUCUUCAUUUAGUCAUCAAACAGACCUCCUGGUUCUUCAGCAUCUGAGUCAUCAACUUUUUCAUCUUUGGUUUUUUUCCUUUGGAAUUUACUUUGCCUUUCUAAAAUCUUGAAGACAGAAACAAAAUAUAAACAUUUAAAUAACAUACAAUUUACAGAAUUGAACUGACAAAAAUUCAAGAAUGAUUUUUAAAACAGAAUAUUGUUGUACAUAAUGUUUUAAAUUUAUUUAAAGGGCAAAAUCAGCUACAAAU